UAUUUGAAAAAUGAAGUCGGUUCCUCCGGUUGUUAAAAGUGAAAACCUCUACAGGACUUACUGGCUUUAUUUGCGGCUCCUGGGCGUAGAAGGAAAAUAUCCACUUCGACUCGUAGUAUAUGUUCUCAACUUAUUUUUUAUCACCUUCUGGUACCCAGUGCACCUCAUCCUUGGCCUUUUCAACAAACGGAUGGUGGACCUGUUCAGGAGUCUACACUUCACAUCGGAGUGCUUCUUCUCCAGCUUCAAGUUUCUUUGCUUCCGAUGGAGACAUAGGGAAAUCAAAGCAAUUGAAAAACUGCUAAAGGAGUUGGAUCAGCGAGCUGAGAGUGAGGAAGACCGAAGGUUCUUUGAUCAGAAUACCAGACGAGGGGCAGUCAUGCUUUCAAGGUGUUUCUUAGGGGCUAGUAUUAGCGCCAUAAUCACGGGCACGGCAGCCGGAUUGUUUAGCAGUGAACGAAAGUUAUUGCAUCCCGCCUGGUUUCCUUAUAAUGUUGAUGCCACGCCCGCGGUAUUUUGGAUUUCUUUUUGCUACCAAGUAGUGGGCAGUACUCUAGCGAUCGUCCAAAAUCUCUCCAACGACAUUUAUCCCCCGAUCACCUUUUGUGUGGUCGCAGGACAUGUAAAGCUGUUGGCCAUGCGAUUAAGUCGAAUGGGACAUGAUGGGAAGGUUUCCAAGGCAGAGGUUACCAAAGAGCUUGUCCAAAACAUAGAAGACCACAGGAAACUAAUGCAAAUUAUUGGACUGAUGCGCAGCACUUUAUAUCUUUCCCAACUUGGUCAAUUCAUCUCCAGUGGCAUCAACAUUUCCGUAACCCUCAUCAAUAUUUUAUUCUUUGCGGAAAAUCAUUUCGCCAUCACAUACUAUGUUGUGUUUUUUGGGGCCAUGCUGAUUGAACUGUUUCCAAGUUGCUAUUAUGGCACUUUAAUGACGAAUGAAUUCGACAAACUACCAUAUGCCAUAUUUUCAAGCAAAUGGAUGGAAAUGAACAAAGCGUACUGCAGGUCCUUGAUUAUAUUGAUGCAAUUUACGGUAGCCGAGGUGGAAAUCAAGGCAGGGGGCAUGGUUGUAAUCGGAAUGAAUGCGUUCUUCGCCACUGUUCGAAUGGCAUACUCAUUUUUCACUCUGAGUAUGUCACUUAAAUGAAUAAACUUGAUUCUUGAAUCAUACUCUGUAACAAUAUGAACAAUUAUGAUGUCAUAAAUUACAAUAAACAGUCAUA